UAUUGCUUCAAGAGUAAUAAAAUGGGAGGUUCAUGCUGAAGAGAACAAGUUGUGUUGAGCAAGUCUGGUAAGAUUGGGACUAAGCCAGCUUUAUCAAACCAAAGAAGGUCGUAUUCAAAUACAAAUGAUGAGAUUUCUUCUCCUAAAAAAGCAAAUUUAUCUACUAAGUUCAGCAGUAGCAAAUUAGUACGGCCGAAGGAGUUAAUCCAUUCUCCUAAAGAUUGUGAGUUCUCAAAGAUUGAUGAAGUUCCAGAGCUCUCCUCAAGUAUAUGUUUGAGCACUAGCAACCAUCUGAACUGGAAGAACAAGAAAUGAAAAUAAUAAAGAAAGAAAAGGCUCAGAAAACCAGGAAGGAGAGAUUAUUGGUGAAGGACAACUCACUAUUGUGUAUAAAGCUAUUGUAGCUUCUAAGCAGGAUAUGGAGAUGGCCUUUAAGGUCUUUAAGCUUGAUAGCAAGAGUGUCUCAAAGGAGGAAUGCAAAACUCAAGUGACAGAGCUAUGCAAAAAGAUUUCAUGAAAUUACCCUCACUCUACUGGUCUUGCCAAAUACUAUGAUAUCGAUGAGGAUAAAGCAAAUGGAGAUAUAGUUCUGCUCAUGGAGUAUAUCAAUAUCAUGAAUGCAAAGAAAUAUAUAGAAACAUUUGGAAAGCUAGAUACCUCUAAUAUCAGGAGGGUCUGUUACCAAGUCCUUAGUUUACUAAAGGACCUUCUAAAAAUCGAUUAUUUUCAUGGCCGACUAAAUCUGAAUAACAUCCAUCUUGAUACAUGAUUCAACGUUAAACUGACCGAUUACGGUCAGAUGGGAAUCUUCGACCGUGAGGCCCAAUUCACCCCUGAAGAAGGGAGUAGAUUUGAUAUUUUCUGCCUUGGGAUAUGUAUCUUGAAAUUUCUUGGCUUGCUGAACAUUGAUCAAGGGUCCGACCACACUGUAGACUUAUUCUUAGAAAAUAUGGAGGAACUCAAAAGCUGCUAUACAACUAACUGAGAAGAAAAGCUUAUAGAUCCGCUUAUAGACUUUCUAGAUUGAUGAUUUGAAAAAGUUGUAACAAUUGACGACUUGUUAUAUCACACCUUCUUGAAAUUUGAUGACGAGGGACGAGAAAUUGAAAGGAAAUUCAGUACCAAAUUCAGCACCAGAAAUCAAGGUUUAACGCAUAUAAUCUCAAGCAAGGAGAACUCAACAGACACUCUUCUAAAUGUAAAUGGACUUGAUUCAAGCUGAUUCAAGAACAUUGGACAAGCAUUAGAAGUAGGAAGGAGCUCUGGCAUCAAAUCUUCCAGAAAAUGAAGUUCUAUUUGAAGCGAGCUUAAAGGGAACAUCAAUCCAAUAGAGUCAUAUUCUAAGGAAUUUUCACAGGGAGAACUACCAGAAAAUACAGAUGAUGGGUAUGAGGACACUCUGAGAGCUUUUGAAAUCAGCCAGUUAAAGCAGAAACAGAGGAAACCAAGAAAAAGUAACUUCUUUCCAUUUAAAGCUCGGUUAUCUCUAAUGAAAGGAGGUGCUCAAAUGAAGGUUAUCCAAGAAGACGAUAUGAGCGUAAAAUCUCUUGAAAAUAGCUCUAAUGCUAAAUCUAUUGCUUCAAAAUGAGUGAUGGAGUCGAUCAAGGAAGAGUAAACUAAACCUGCAACUAGUGUCGUCUCUUCCCUGAAUACUUUGCUG